GACAAAGCAAAGUUAAAGGAUUUGACUUUUUUGCUGCAGGAUUACCAGGAAUUAUCUCCCACACUCUCCUGGACUUUGCAUGACUCAGCUCUGCGUUUGGCCUGUACGCCUUUUUGCACGUGCUUUUAAGAGUGCAGCCAUAAGAGGAUGGGAGCCCUUCGCCUUUCUCUGGCUCUCCUCUUCCUCCUCUCCUGUCCCGUACAAGCCCAGUGGUGGAGUUUCAUCUGGGCCAACCCGAGACCGAGCACCAGCCCUGCUCCUACCUCCACUCCUCCCGCCACCACCUCUGCAUCCGUCACCUCCCUGCGUCCUUCUGGGACGACAGAGGAGGAUGGGGUAACAGAGACAGCCUUAGAGGGAUUCACUCAAACAGAGGGGCCUGUGCUGGGCCCCACUGCCCACCCAGCAGUGUCAGUCUUUGGUCACAGCACUCCUGAACCUGCAUGGACGCUGCCUCCACAGGAGAUCGCAGGUGGAGGCAGCAAAACCAGGACGCAUUACAAACCUCUGAAACACUGGAAGAGUGAACGAGGCUCUGGGAACUACCUGGACCUGACGGAGUUAAUCGGGGUCCCCCUCCCUCCCUUUGUCUCCUUCGCUCCGGGCUAUGAGGGCUAUCCGGCCUACAACUUUGGUCCUAAAGCCAACAUCGGCCGGCCUACCACAACCCUUAUACAGGGGUCGUUCUACAGGGACUUUGCCAUCAUCGUCACGAUUCGUCCGGACACUUCGAGAGGAGGCGUGCUCUUUGCCAUCACAGACGUCCGUCAGAAGGUGGUGGAGCUCGGUUUGGCCCUGACUCCUGUGCGUGGGGGUCUCCAGAGUAUCUUACUGUACUACACUGACACAGAGGAAGCCUCCCACAGCCACAAAGCUGCUGCCUUCACUGUCCCAGAUAUGACCAACCAGUGGACCCGAUUCACGGUGGUGGUGGAGCAUGACGAGGUGCGUCUCUACAUGGACUGUGGAGAGGCAGAGAGGACCACUUUCCAGCGGAGCCCAGAGAAACUCACCUUCUCACGCGAUUCAGGCAUUUUUGUAGCGAACGCAGGAAGCACUGGGCUGGACAAGUUUGUGGGAUCCAUCCAGCAGCUGGUGAUAAAAGAUGAUCCCAGAGCGGCUGAGGAGCAGUGUGAAGACGACGACCCUUAUGCGUCGGGUUACACCAGCGGAGACGACGCUCUGGAUGACAGAGAGUCAGAGGAGGAAGUCAUGAAGCACGCACGGAAGAACAAACUCAGCACGGCACAGGACAGCGUUCCCGUCAGAGCGCCACCAACCGAAGCUCCAGCCUCGGAGCUGGAUGAGUACUCUGGUCUCCAAACCCGGACGGAUUCCGCUGAGGAGGUGCAGAGAGGUCCACAUCGGGCAGAGGAGCCAGGAGAGAGAUCAGGAGAUGGUCAUGCCAGACAUGAGUUAAAAGGAGCUCGUGGAGAUCCUGGACCCAGAGGCCCACCUGGUCCCCCUGGUCCUCCAGGCCCCACCUCACAACCUGGAAAAUCUAUUCCUGGGCCAAGAGGGCCCCAAGGACCACCAGGAUUACCUGGAUCCCCUGGACUGCCAGGGAGAGACGGAUCACAGGGAAGAAAGGGUGAUAAAGGAGAUCCAGGUCAGAGAGGAUUUCAGGGCUCUCCAGGACUGGAUGGAGAAGCUGGACAAAAAGGAGAGAAGGGAGAAUCAGGAGUUGGAAUGCCAGGCCCUCCAGGCCUCCCUGGACCUCCUGGACCCCCCAGAUCACGCAGUGUACCUUAUGGAGCAGAUGCUCUGGGUUCUGGAUUUGGAGACCUGGACAGUGACACUGAACUCAUCAGGGGUCCUCCUGGUCUACCUGGACCUCCAGGGCCUCCAGGUCUCCCUGGGCCCUUCCUGUCGUCCUCUGGCUCAGCUGAAGGCGUGUUUCCAGGGAACCCUGGACCACCUGGUCCACCUGGCAGAGACGGGACCCCAGGAAAUCCAGGCGUACCUGGUCUAUCAGGACAAAAUGGGAGUCCAGGUCUGCCAGGAGCUGUAGGAGAGAAGGGUGACCAAGGUUUGCCUGGACCACCUGGACCAAAGGGCGAAUGUGGCUCUUUGGGAACAGCAGCGCCAUCCGGACCACCAGGACCAAGUGGUCCACAGGGACAUAGAGGCCCAGCCGGUCCACCUGGACCCCCUGGCCCUCCUGGCCCUCCUGGCCCUCCAGGGACCAAAUUCUUUGUAGAGGAUAUGGAGGGAUCUGGGAAGAGUGACAUGCUGAUUGGAGCUGGAGUCAGAAGCCAACAGGGACCACCUGGACCACAGGGACCAAAGGGUGAAGAUGGUGCACCUGGAGCCCCAGGACUCUCUGCUAAGGGUGAUCCAGGAGACCCAGGACAACAGGGUCUACAGGGUCCUGCUGGACUACCAGGGGCCAGAGGGGCCAAAGGAGAAAAAGGCAGUCAAGGAUUAAAGGGUGACCGAGGUGUUAACGGACUUAGCAUCACAGGACCACCUGGCCCUCCUGGACCUCCUGGACCUCCAGGAACCUUCUUAAAUCUGCAGGAUCUUCUUCUCAAUGAUACUGAGGGUAACUUCAACUUCACAGACCUCAGAGGACCACCAGGACCCAUGGGUCCUGAAGGCUUGCCUGGCAGAGCUGGAUUUCCUGGCCCCAGGGGACCAAAGGGAGAUAUUGGCCCUCCAGGUUUGCAGGGGCCGCUAGGGAUCAAGGGAGAGAAGGGGGAACCAGGGGUGACCAUCGCUGCUGACGGAUCACUCUUAUCAGCACCAAGAGGCCCCCAGGGGACCAAAGGCUUUAAGGGUGACCGUGGAUAUCCUGGACCUCCUGGACUCAUUGGCCCCAUAGGACCGACCGGGCAGAAGGGAGAGUAUGGCUUCCCCGGCCGUCCUGGUCGUCCCGGGGUGCCUGGGAGAAAAGGUGACAAAGGAGAUGCAAUCGGCCUGCCGGGGCCUCCAGGUCCUCCUGGCCCACCUGGACUUCCUGGAAGAAUAUCUGUGCUGAACGGAACCGUGUUUCCGGUGCGACCCAGACCGCACUGCAAAAAGGGACGAGAUUCAGUCAUGGGAGAUUUACAGGAAGCUAAAGGAGCCAAAGGGGAGAUUGGAUUACCUGGAGUGCCUGGAACACCUGCAACUUGGGUUCCAGAUGGUGUAGUGGGUGACAAGGGUGAACAGGGAUACCAAGGUCAGAAGGGAGAAAAGGGGGAUAGUGGUCUGCCUGGUCCUCCUGGACUGCCUGGGAGGUCAGGACUUGUGGGUCCAAAAGGUGAAUCCAUCGUGGGUCCCCCAGGACCUGCUGGUUCUCCAGGUCAGCCUGGAGCCCCUGGGUACGGACGACCUGGUCCUCGAGGCCCUCCAGGCCCUGCUGGACCCCCAGGACCCCCAGGAUCUGAAAGUGGAUAUGGAUCAGGUGUCAGUAUCCCGGGCCCUCCUGGUCCUCCUGGCCCUCCAGGAUCUCCAGGAUAUGCCAGUCCAGUGACCACCUACAAGACGCUCCACGCUCUGAGCAGAGAAACUCACCGCGCUGCAGAGGGAAUGCUCGCCUUCGUGUCAGAGCGAGGAGGAGAGCUGUACAUCAAGACACGCAGUGGCUGGCGCAAGAUCCAGCUUGGAGAACUGAUCCCUGCCAGUUCCCAAACCUCAGGUGCGUCUCAGGCUCUCAGCAGGCCGGGAGAAUGGAGCAGACCAAACAGAGCCCACAGCCAGGAGCUCCAAGAUGGCACUUCAAGAGGAUAUCAGCCCAGCUAUAAUGUUCUACCACAGACCGUCAACGCUGUACCCGGGCUCCAUCUGGUGGCCCUGAACGCCCCGCUGAAAGGCGACAUGCGUGGCAUCCGUGGGGCGGACUUCCAGUGCUACCAGCAGGCUCGCUCCAUGGGGCUAACAGCCACAUACAGAGCCUUCCUGUCCUCACACCUCCAGGAUCUGGCCACCAUCGUGAGAAAAGCUGACCGCACUGACAUGCCUGUGGUUAACCUCAGGGGUGAGGUGUUGUUCAGCUCCUGGAUGUCCAUUUUCUCUGGGAAUGGAGGAACAUUCAACCCGAUCAUACCAAUCUACUCUUUCGACGGACGCAACGUCAUGGCUGACUCAGCAUGGCCAGAGAAACUAGUUUGGCAUGGCUCCAGCGCUGUAGGAAUCCGUCUGACCACAAACUACUGCGAGGCAUGGAGGACAGGUGACAUGGCGGUGACGGGGCAGGCCGCUCUGCUGCAGACAGGACGACUGCUGGGACAGCACACACGCUCCUGCUCCAACCACUACAUAGUGCUGUGUAUAGAGAACACAUAUGUGGGGAACACGCAUCAAAAGAGGACCUGAGACACAAGGGAAACACAAAUAUCCAUGAACACAACAACUAAUAAAUGAUGGAAGAGCAGAGUAACAAUGUGACGCUGUGCACAUACAUUUAAACUGAAAUGAGUGACACCUGCAGGCACAUACACACGUUCUGAUCACAUCACUCCACAGACAAAACAUUUAAGGCACUUGUGUUCAAACAUGCAGGAAGACACAUUAAUGGGCAUGCUCGUGCACAAUUUAUUCAAUUUAAUAGUUUUCAUCUUUAUUACCAAUCCGUAGUCCAACACCUCAUCAUGCUGCAGCCGUCAGGUUAUUUAUUUUUACCUUCAGCUUUUUGCAGCACACAAUAUCAUCACAAAAUCUCCUUAAAGUGAAAGAUGUCUCUGGAUUUCAGUCUAAAUGACAUCAGACCAUGCCAGGGUUUUGUGUCCAGAGCUGUAAGUCUGUUAUCUUUAUAUAUUUUCAGAUAUUUUUCAAAGUUUGUCUGAUAAUCAUUAAGGCUUUAGGUGUAAUAUUUCAUUAACUCCAUGCAGCAAUUGGUUGCAGUUUGAUGUAAAUUUUGCACGGUAAAAUAAAGUAAGUUUAGUAAUGUCACAAAUGCAAAAAUUACAAAAUGUGAGACAAGUAGUGUUGACUUAAACGCCUUUAAUGUGCCGUGGGUUGCACCAGCCAUGUGUAAACAUGUUACUGUAAUGUUACACCUACCUCCUUUAAGGUGUUAAGUCCUCCAUAAACCCAGCUGUAAUGUUGAUGUUUUAAAACAGUGUAAAAACUUAGACAAUGCCAUGUGGCUGAGGGUUUUAGUGGCUGUUUGGAGUCAGCAGUAUAUUCUCCAUGAUCGACUAUAUCCCUUAGAAAUAUUGGGAGAUUUUCUGGGACUUACUGGGAGAUAAUUUUCCACCAUUCAAUAAUAAAAAAACAUUAAAGUAUCUCAUGUUAAUGUUGAUUUCACCACUGUAUACUGUAUACAAUGCAUACUGUAUACCAGGAGUGUCAAACUCAAUCACAGCACAGGCCGGGAUCUGGAUUAAGGUCUAACCCUAGACCCUAACAUGGUCAACAUUGAGCCAUAAAUGUCAACCUCAUUUCACCGCUAAUACAAUAUGAAAAAAAAAAAAACCCUUGAAAAAUGUUUUAAAAGGCAAAUAUAAGACAAAGUAAGUCACAGUGACUUUAAAAGGUCAAAUAUGAGGUCAAAUAUCAAAUUGGGAUUCUGAAAGCUCAAAAUAUGGGAUCAAAAAGCCAAGGUUAGGAGAUGAAAAGGUCAAAAUUAGAUCAAAUUUGAAGUAUGAGUUAAAAAGGUAAACAUGUGACUUAAAUUUUAAAAUUGUGACAUUAAAAGUUCAAAAUAUCAUAUAAAAAGCAAAUAUAUGUUUCAGGUCAGAGUAUAAUAAAAAGUCGAAACCAUAAAUUUGAGUCAUAAUUUUGAGAUGCAAAAUUUCUUUUUAUUUUAUUUUUUUAGGGCUUUUCAUACCUUUAUUUGACAGAGGAGGAUAGUGGAUAGAGUCAGAAAUGGGACCAGAGUGGGGAGAGACAUGCGGCGGAGGGCCACAGGCCGGAUUCAGACCCGGGCUGGCGGUGUAAAUGGGUCAUGCCUUAGACCGCUAGGCCAUCUAUGUGCCACAAAAUUAAAAAUAUUAACCCCUUAAAGCCUAUUGUAUCAUAUU